GUGGUUUUGAACAGUUCUUCCACUGGCCGAACAUCUACCUUGUUUUCCCUUCUCUUUCUCUCUCUUCUGUUCACAGGUCUCUCUUCGCUUGACCUUUGUUCCUCUCUCUCUAACCGUCCCUUGAUUCAGGUUAUUUUGAGAUGGUUAUUUCUUUAUACCAGGUUACCAUUUGAGGGCUGGUCUAUAUGAAAGUGGGGAUUGCAGGAGGUCUUACUUUGCAAAGUUGACAUCUUUUGAUUGCUGACAUGGAGGACGAGAAUGGCCUUGAGCUUAGCCUUGGUCUAGGUUGUGGAGGAUCAUCUAUAAAAUCCAAAGGUAAAAAUGGCUGCUCUUCAGAUUCUAGGACAGAAGAAGGUCAUAGAGGCAACAAAUUGAUAGAUAAUUUCAAAAACUUCCUUCAUGCUGGCGCCCAGAAGCAGGAUUCAACUAUUGGAUCUCAAAUAAGUGAUUCGGUGAAACAUCAGGAGAACUUUUUUAAUGACCUGUCCAAGGCCAAUGCUGAUGCAGAUGGUUCAAUAAACUUGAAUAAUAGGGGGCUUUGGGUUUCGAGCAGCAAAAUAUCUGCUGAAAUUGAAGAAGAAAAAAGGCCAGAGGUAGGUAAAAAACGUAAAACAUUGUUUGAUGAGAUAAAUAAUCGGAGGAAACAGGAGAGAGAUGCUCAUCAUUUUGAUGUACAUGAUAAGAAAGCUUCACAUGUUUCCAUAACAACAGAAGAUGGUUCUACUGCUGAAAAUGAAGAUGUCGCCGAGUCUGAUAUAGAGGGUUCAACUUCGAGGUUUUUCCAUCAACAUGAUGAUGGCCCCAAGCGUUUUAUUGGAGCUGGUGGUCCUGAGGUUCCAAAGGAGGUCCAUGGAUUUUCUGAUUCCAGUGUUGUAGACUUAAAAGGGCAAAAGAGGCCUAAUGGUUCAUCAGAAACUGAAAUUAAGCAUGGGAACUUGAAUUAUGGAGUUCCAUUCUCUGUCCGACCAGUAAAUAUCAGUAACAUGCCAUGCCCAUUUCCUGUAAAAGAAUCCAACUCUAUCGGAGUUCCCAGCUCUUCUGGCCACCCUCUGCCAGGAGUAACACAGGUGAUCCCUACUUCAAAUAGUGAGCAGAGAACAGGGACUCAGUCUGUCAAUCCUGGAAAUUUGCCAGUAAUGUUUGGCUAUUCGCCUGUCCAGCUUCCAACAUUGGAUAAGGAUAAUUCAUGGGGCUUGGUCUCUCAUCUUCAGCAGUUCCAGCCUUCCAAUGCUGGCAGAGUUCCAUCAAACUCAGAUAAGCAAAAUGAUGGAUUGAAAAUUGCUCCAGCCAUGCAAGUAAUUUCACGAAAUUCAUCUGAAGCUACACUGUAUGAUGGGAGGACGCUAGAACAGGUCAAAGGUGAUGGCAAACAGCGCAUUGCAGAAGAAGGCUCCACUUCACAAAAUGAAGAAGAUGUAAAAGGAAGCAGCAUAAACCUUCGGGCAAAAGACACAUCUGGGGCAUCAACAUCAGAAGGUUUAUCUUUUGAUUUUCCUGCCAUAAAACCAGGUAUUGCCUCAGACGUGAAAUUUGGGGGUUGUGGUUCCUAUCCAGAUUUACCAUGGGUUUCAACCACAGGUUCUGGUCCAAAUGGCAGAACAAUUUCUGGUGUAACUUACAGAUUUAGUGCAAACCAAAUUAGGAUUGUUUGUGCUUGCCAUGGUUCCCACAUGUCCCCUGAGGAAUUCAUCCGGCACGCAAGUGAGGAGAAUGUUAAUCCAGACAAUGGCAGUGGUUUAGCCUCAUUUCCGAGUACCAAUCCUGCUGCCUCUGCUCAGAGCUGAUUGUAAUAAUCUUUUCCAACAAUACAUCAUAUAUGAGACGGUUUGUCAGGUUUUGUUGCUUGCUUUGCUUAUGUAUUUGCUUUUACCAACUUAGUUGCUGCAAUUAAACGUUGCAGGUGUAUGUAGUGAUGUUGUAGCAUAUCUGAAGUUGUUUCGUGUAUAUUAAAGCCAAAGCUGUUCAAUCUAAAAUUCCAACCACCUCAUUUCUUUUUUA